GCGGCGCUGCGUGCUGGCGGGCUUCGCGGAGACGCUGAGCGGCCGCGGCCGGCGCCGGGUUGGAGGCUCGCCGCCUGUAGCCAUGACCCUCGCAGUCUGUCCUUCGGCCCCGGCCGGGGGCGUCUAAUACCCCACACAGUCGCGCGCAGCUGCGGGAGAGCCCGGCCGCUGCCCCCUCGUCGCCCUUGGCGCCUUAUCACACUUCCUUUCCCGGAGCUGGGAGCAGCGCGGGCAGCCGGCUCCCCCGUGCAAACUGGGGGUGUCUGCUGGAGCAGCCCUCGCCACCGCCGCCUCUGCCCCCCGGCUCUGGCCAUGGCCUGGCGGGGCGCAGGGCCGCGCGUCCUGGGGGCCCCCGGGGGCGUCGGUCUCAGCCUGCGGCUGCUGCUGCUCUUGCUGCUGCUCCUGAGGCCGGCGCGGGGCUUCGGGGACGAGGAGGAGCGGCGCUGCGACCCCAUCCGCAUCUCUAUGUGCCAGAACCUGGGCUACAACGUGACCAAGAUGCCCAACCUGGUGGGGCACGAGCUGCAGACGGACGCCGAGCUGCAGCUGACAACUUUCACGCCGCUCAUCCAGUACGGCUGCUCCAGCCAGCUGCAGUUCUUCCUUUGUUCCGUGUAUGUGCCCAUGUGCACAGAGAAGGUCAAUAUCCCCAUCGGCCCCUGCGGCGGGAUGUGUCUUUCGGUCAAGAGACGUUGCGAGCCUGUCCUGAAGGAAUUUGGAUUUGCCUGGCCAGAUAGCCUGAACUGCAGCAAAUUCCCACCACAGAAUGACCACAACCACAUGUGCAUGGAAGGGCCAGGUGAUGAGGAGGUGCCCUUACCUCACAAAACCCCCAUCCAGCCUGGGGAAGAGUGCCAUUCCGUGGGAACCAACUCUGAUCAGUACAUCUGGGUGAAGAGGAGCCUGAACUGCGUUCUCAAGUGUGGCUAUGAUGCUGGCUUAUACAGCCGCUCGGCCAAGGAGUUCACCGAUAUCUGGAUGGCCGUGUGGGCCAGCCUGUGCUUCAUCUCUACCGCCUUCACUGUGCUGACCUUCCUGAUCGAUUCUGCCAGGUUUUCCUACCCGGAGCGCCCCAUCAUAUUUCUCAGUAUGUGCUAUAAUAUUUAUAGCAUUGCUUAUAUUGUCAGGCUGACUGUAGGCCGGGAAAGGAUAUCCUGCGAUUUUGAAGAGGCAGCAGAACCUGUUCUCAUCCAAGAAGGACUUAAGAACACAGGAUGUGCAAUCAUUUUCUUGCUGAUGUACUUUUUUGGAAUGGCCAGUUCCAUCUGGUGGGUUAUUCUGACACUCACUUGGUUUUUGGCAGCGGGACUCAAAUGGGGUCAUGAAGCCAUUGAAAUGCACAGCUCUUAUUUCCACAUUGCAGCCUGGGCUAUCCCUGCAGUGAAAACCAUUGUCAUCUUGAUUAUGAGACUGGUGGAUGCAGAUGAACUGACUGGCCUGUGCUACGUGGGGAACCAAAACCUUGAUGCCCUCACGGGCUUUGUGGUGGCUCCUCUCUUCACUUACUUGGUGAUUGGAACUUUGUUCAUUGCUGCAGGCUUGGUGGCCUUGUUCAAAAUUCGGUCGAAUCUUCAAAAGGAUGGGACAAAGACAGACAAGUUGGAGAGGCUGAUGGUCAAGAUUGGGGUCUUCUCAGUCCUGUACACGGUGCCUGCAACCUGUGUGAUUGCCUGUUAUUUCUAUGAAAUCUCCAACUGGGCGCUGUUCCGGUAUUCCGCAGAUGACUCCAAUAUGGCGGUUGAGAUGUUGAAAAUUUUUAUGUCUUUGUUGGUAGGCAUCACUUCAGGCAUGUGGAUUUGGUCUGCCAAAACUCUUCACACGUGGCAGAAGUGUUCCAACAGAUUGGUGAAUUCUGGGAAGCUCUGUCCCAGACUGCUGCUGUUUUCUCCAUUUUACGUUAAUGACUCAAAAACAGGUAUUUUUUAUAGGAAUGUUUGCACUGCAGCAUGCCUAAUGAGGGGGAAAGGAAGGGUGAUUCACUUUCUCGACAAUCACUUAAUUCAGAGGAAAAUGAUAUUUACCAAGUCGACUUACCUUACCCACCCCAGAGACCGACUGCAUUGAGCAAUGGGGACUUAAUAUAUUUUACUUGUGUGAUUGCAUCUAUGCAGACGCCAGUCUGGAAGAGCUAAAAUGUUACGUUUCUUGGCAACUUUGCAUUCACACAGAUUAGCUAUGUAACUUGUGUGUGUCAAUUACAAUAAAAAGCACAUUCUUGGACCAUGACAUAACAGUUACUCAGCUGACUUUAAAGCUAUGGUCAGCUUGCAUUCUCAGAAUGAUAGUGCCUUUUUUUUUUUUUCCUUUAGCAUAAGAAUGUUAUCAGAGUCUGGUCUGCUUACCACAAUGGAGACUUUUUCAGUUUUGUAAAGGGAGCUAAGGACAGCUAAUCCAACUACUUGGUGCAUAAUUAUUUCCUAGUAAUUGGCAAGGGCUCCGGGUAAGAUUUCCUUGGAGGCAGUGUGGCCUGGAGUAUUUAUAUGGUGCUUAAUGAAUCUCCAGAAUGCCAGGAGCUUGAUUGGUUCGUAGGGAAUAAAGUGUAGACCGUAUGAAGUGAACUGCAAACUCUAACGGCACAGGUCUUAAUUGCCUUUUGCAGAGGUAUCCAGAGCUUUUAAAAUUUAUGCUUUAUGUUCCUUGCGAGGGGGUACCCCCUAGCAGACUCUCAAAAGCUGCGAUUCUUUUACAAUUGUAACUGGCCUUUCCCCUGACCCGCCUCAGGCCUUCUAGUCACCAGAUCUCUGGGACAAAUUAUUGACGAUGUCACAGGUUGCUGUCCUUGAAGUUCAUACCUGUCUUUGCUUCAGCAACUACCUUGCGAUGACUCAUUUAUUUAUUUAUUCAUGCUCCCCCCCCCCCUUUAAAACAGGUAGGAAAGCUCUUCUAUCACAUUUCUUUGUGGAAAAAUAUUUCCAGGGACUCAGAUUUCCAAAGAGGAGUUCAAAUUCUGGAAAUAAGCAUGUCUUUUUUGGUUUGAGCUUUAUGCCCCCUGGUUUGACAUUUUCCUUUCUUCUUUCUCUGUUGUGGUGCGGUUCUUGACCUGUCUGAGAUGAAGAUACACGUAAGGUCUGUUGCAUGUUUUGGAAGGCAAAGGCUUGGGGCUUUGGACACAGUUGCUGAGUGGGCACCGGUGUCCCCUGCUGUGUGUGCUGAGCCUGAGUACCUUGGCUGGACUCUGGGUCAGGGCUCCAGGAGCAUGAGAAAUGAUCCCCAGAAGGACCAGUUGAACUCCAUCUGAGACUGCAUCGCCUAUGAAAUGUAAAAUGUGAACGCCCUGUGCUGCUUGCAGAUGGUUCCCAUAGCUGGCCGGGGCCCUGGAGCAUGCACCCAGGGGCAGAGCCUGCCCUUACUCACGCUCCGCUCCAGUGUCUUGGGAGUUGUGCGGAGACUCUGGCCCAGGAAAGGAAAGAAGGACCAGGCAGGGGAUUGUAAUGCAGUUCUCUUUGUAAUGUUUCAGUGAUCGUGUGACCGACGCAGCACCUAGCAGAGGGCCCGGCAUGGAAAGGGUGCUCAAUAUUUAUGAAUAGUAACAAAUAAGGAACAAUAAGAGUACUUGGGUGAAACUGGACCCCCAAGUUUUGGAGCUUUCUGGGUUGUAACGUGUCUCUUCCAUAAAUCUCUUGCCUUCACAGGAGAAAUAUAUAUUUGAUCAGAAGUCGUCAUCGGUGCAGAAUAGAUGAGUAGCCUUGGCAGUGUCACAGGCUUAUAGGCCGUUCCUUUCACAUUCCAGACCACGGAGAGUGUUCACGGUUUUAAGAAAGGAGCUUUGUGGCCAAGAGUUAGAUAUCAGUUACCUUGAAACGAAUCCAUCACCUGUUAAGUUGGUAUUGGUUUUAAAAAAGGUUAAUUAUCAGCACAUUUAUUGAGUGCUAACUGUGUGUAAAGCCCUGUGUUAGGCACCUUAGGGGAUGUCAGGGAGGAUCAGCUCUGUUCGUCUAACCGACCUGGACUGGGAUGCCCCUGGGUCUGCUGAACUUGGCCAUUGGUUUCAGGAAGUCGCAGGGGCUACUGAAUUGCCAUCUGUUCCACGGUCACCAUCCCAUAAACCUCCUCCUGGGUCUUUCUCCCUUUAACCCAUCACUUAUCCCUUCCCAGGAUUCCUUGCAAAUCGAUUCACAGGGGUUUUGCCAGAAAGCAUCAGCUCUGUUUCAUGACAGUCUCCGUGGAAAUCUCCUAGGAAGAUCACAAACAUUGGCUACAAGGACAUGAACUCCCACAUCUAAUAUGGCUUCGGGAGCAGGCAGUUUAGGGCUUGGGGUGUUCUGGUGACUCGUACAGGUGAAUUUGAGGACAGCAUCUUGCUAGGGAAAAGGUUAGCGUUCUUUUUCUUUCUCGGAAAUCUAGGAUAAGUAGGUAUAAUUAUAGCUUCCUACAAAAUCCCUUGGCCUCAACAGGGACCAAGGGCACCUCUGUCCAGCCUCCUCUCUGGCAAACUCCUUUCUCCUCCUUCAUAAAGGCCGCACCUCAGGGCAGAGGAACAUGGGAAGGGUGGAACUGGCCAGGACCGCCUGAUGGCGCUGCUUGGUUGAUUCAUAUCCUUUUUCCUCUAUGGAGACCUGUCUCCUGAUCUCUGAGACUGCUUCUGGUCUGGCAGCUCACCCAGGGACCUGCAACAGGAGAAGCGGUGACACUUUUUAUUUCCCUGAGAUGCUCUCUGACUUUGCUUUCCCCUGGCCCUCCCUCCCCUGCAUCCUCCAAACCUGGAACCUGGGAAACUUCUGUAUCUAGGUUCUGAAUUGUGAUGUUACCAGCACCCCCAGCCCUGUCCUCUCUGGCCCCUCUCAGCCCCCUGGUCACGGAAUUCAGUGUUGGGAACCAAGCCGAGGCCCGAGGGUAUAAAGAGAAACUCGACAGCCUCAGCCCUGGAAGGCAGACUCAACUUAAGAUUUCACCAGGAUGGUGCAAGCCUCGGCUUCUGGCGAGGUGGCCACAACGGCAGUUAGGGGAGAGGGCUGUGGAGCCCAGACUCUGGAAGGAGCCCCCGGAAUCGAUCUGUUAUACAUCCUGCAUUUCAUUCUAUGAUGGAGGAGAUUGGAGAGAGUUGCUAUUCCAGCCAGAGAUGUCGAGUCAUUGGACUCUGAUGGUUCUUUUUGUUCCUUUAUUAUACUUGGGUUCAGAGUCCCCGUCUGGGUUUGUAUUAUGUCUGGCAAAGGACCCGGGUUCUCAUUUUUCUUCUGGGCCUAGUCUGUAGAUCUUGGAAACUCCUAGGAGAGCAUUUUGCUCCUACCAAGGAUCAGAUACCAGAGCCUUAAAUAAUGGAUUUUGUUUCGCUGCGGCCUGGUUUGAGCUGUCUGCCACUGCCUCUUGCCACGCACAUGUGCAGUGAUGGCCCACUGGGUGUUACCUGGAGGGAAGUGAACGCCGGAUCUCCCCAAUAGGCCUCUUCUCCUUGGUACACCCAGUUGCCUGUUCCUGGUUUGCCUUAUUUCCCUUCUUCUUUGCAUCAGCAAAUUCCCAGUAUUCACCCAGGCAACUUGUAGAGGGCCUGCUUGGGGUCCUAUGAGCCGUGUCCUCCAAGCUUUUGUAGCUCCCUGAUCGCCUACAAUAUUCAGUACAUGACCACUGUCAUCCCAGAAGGCUUCUGGGGAGGGGGCGAGAGCCCCCGCCCCCUGGAGGCUGGGUCCAUCUGCUCUCCCAGGUGUGCACCUUUCCCCAUCCUGCUGAGGGCUCGGGCUGGUAUGGCUGAGGGUUUGGGGAGGGGAGGCUGCUUUCCAGGUGUCUCCCCGUGGGGCAUCUAGGUGGUCCUGAAUUUUUUCCUACCUCACAGGGAUGUUGUGAGACUUUAGAAGGAAGGAGGACAAAGGCCCCUCGAGCUCUUUGUAGGAAAGGCAGAAUAAAUAUCAGGUGUGAUCUAUGCAGAGAUGAAUUUCGGCCUGCUGGUGAGGCAGCCACGCUCGUGCUCUGUGGCUGUUCUCGGGCCCCCGUGCCACCCGAGCGCCGGCCACCUCGAGGCCUACCUGAGGGACUUGUAGAUGUUCGACACAGAGGUACCAGGCAAACCCUCCUACAUGCCCUGAACGAGUUGCUGAACGUCAGAGGAAAUAGACCCUGCUUUUGAGGAUGUACAAACGUAUGUCUGCAUUGAUGUCUGUACUGUAAAUUUCUAAUUUAUCACUGUACAAAAAUAAAUAAAUAAAUAAACUUUGCUAUUUAAUUUUUGUAUCAAAGGAAAAUAAAGUUUUGUUUAGUA